CUUGAUAAAUCAGCUGAAAGUAGUGCUCAGAUAGUAAACAUAAAUCAUAAAAACUGGAUGAAAAAUUUCGAUCCAAAAACAGUUGAAGAUUUAGCUGUCAAUAAUAAAAAAAUACAAGAGGUAGAGGAGUGGGUGAAGACAGUGUGCAGAAUAAACAGUAGUGAUAUGUUGCUGGUGACUGGCCCUGUGGGUUGCGGAAAGACUGCCACCUUGAGAAUGCUCGCUGAUAAAUAUCAUAUUAAGGUUACUGAAUGGAUCACACCUAUUGAUAUUGAAAUACCUACUGAGUAUGGUGACUAUGAGUUUAAAGAAAAGCAAUCUACUAAGUUUUUAGACUUUAUUUUGAAUGCGGCAAACUUCACUUCUCUGUUGGACAACAAUAGCAGUAAAAUAGUGUUAGUUGAAGACUUUCCCAACACGUUUUUAAGAACACCUUCAGAAUUCAAUGAUGUGUUGCAUCAAUACAAGCAAAGAGCUAAGUCACCCAUUGUGUUCAUAUGUUCAGAGUCCUACACAGACAGCAAAAGUACUGUCUCCAAUCUAUUUACUCCGACUUUGAAACAGCAGUUCCAAAUACAUCAUAUUAGCUUCAACAGUGUUUCAGUAACAGGCCUUAGGGUAGCCUUAAAGCGAGCAGCGGAGAUAAUAAGCAAGAAACAUACAUCUAUGUACAACAUCCCUACUGCAGACAUGAUAGAAUGUGUUGUUAAUUCUUCUGGAGGAGAUGUGAGAUCGGCUGUGUUGAAUCUACAUUUUGCGUGUUUAAAAGGGUCAACUCAAUACUUGGAAACCAGCAUAGUGGUGGAAAAAGAGACUAAGAGCAAAAUAACGAGAGGCACAAAGAAAAAGAAACCUUCAAGCAAAUUUUUAGCAAUAGGCAAAGAUGAUACUGUGAGCAUUCUACAUGGAGUCGGCAGAGUGUUAAAUCCUAAAGGUUAUUUGACUAUUACAUAUUUUGUAUAA